AUGGAGAAAAUAUCAAAGAAGUGUGUUUUCCUAGUUGUUAUAUCCGUGAUGAGUACCGUAACAAUUCGAAAUGUUGAGGCAAAACGUUUAUUACAUGAAGAAAUAUCUCAAAUGAAGCUGCAUCAUGAAGUUCCAACGCAAGUUAUUACACCACAAAGAUUUCACUGCGAAACAGGGUAUUAUAUAAAAUGUGUUCCCGAUCCAUUUUUUGUUAUAUGCCUUUGUCAAUGCUAA